AUGGCAGCAGCAAACAGCGAAGAACAGAUGAAUUCAAUCAACAGUUUCAAGGAAAUAUGCGCAGUAGACGACAAAUUAGCGAAAGAUUUCUUAGUUUACAAUCAUUGGAAUUUGGAAAGUGCUGUCCAGCAUUUCUUCCAUACUGGUGGGCGAUUAAAAGAGGAAGAAGAACAAAAUGUAUCAAAUGCAGAGAGCGAAUUAAGACAUAGGCAUGUACAAGUCAAUGAACCGUCAACCUCGCAAAUUGCAAGUCGGCGCUCAUCUUUAUCUCCUGCAGAAGUAUUGUUGAGGAGACGUCCUCCAUCUCCACAAACUUGGUUUGAAUGGACCGUUACAGUCAUCAAGCUUCCAUUCUUUAUUGCUUAUCAAAGCUUGUUCGAUCUUAUCAGUUUUUUAUGGUCAUUAUUCCGAGCACCGCCAUUGGCAGUUGCUGAUUCGAGAGGUGAUGUACAACAUUUUAUCAACGACUUCAAUGCUCGCUUCGCCGAUUCCAGUAAUGGAAUUAGUUUUUUCAGUGGGUCAUACGAGGAUGCAAUAAACGAAUGCAAAAAUUCAUUACGUUUUAUGAUCGUUUAUUUACACAAUCCAUCACAUGAAUCUUGUGAACGUUUUGUUCGUGAGACUUUACUCAGUUAUCAAAUGAAACAAUUUCUGGAUCGGAAUGAAAUUCUGCUUUGGGGUGUAUCAGUGCGCAGUCAGGAAGGUUAUAAAGUAUCAAUGGCUCUUCGAGAGAGCACAUAUCCAUUUCUUGCGUUACUCUGUAUGCGUGAGACACGAAUGGUUGUAGUAUUACGAUUAGAAGGCGAAUAUGAACUAGAGCCAAUGCUUUUCACAAUUCAAACGGCAAUUGAUGAAAAUCGCAACUAUUUAGAUGCUAUAAGGAAUGAAAGACAUCAGCGUGAGGUGAACAAUCGCAUUCUACGUGAGCAAGAAUCAGAUUAUCAGCGUAGUUUGGCAGCUGAUCGAGCACGUAUAAGUGAGAGGAAACGCGCUGAGAGUGAACGAAAAAUUGCUGAAAUGAAGGAAGCGGAAGAGAAAAGGAGAAAACAAGAAAAGAAAGAAAAAUUAGAUGCUAUAAGAAUGAAAUUAGCAAGCGAAUUACCACCAGAAUCGCAAGCACCUGACUGUAUUCGAGUAAGUGUACGAUUUCCCAAUGGAGAACGCUUUGAGAGGCGAUUCGAUGUUACGAAUAGUUUGGAGUUGUUAUUCAAUGCAACGUUGGCUCAUGAGAAUUGUCCACCGAACCUCACGCUACUAUCAAGUUAUCCCAGAAAGCAACUUAACUGUGCACCCGAAUGGUAUCGUGAAUUUGGAAUAGUGCAAGAUCCAACUAAUAUUCCAACAUUUCAUGAUUGUGGUUUCGAGAAAUCAGUGGUUGUUUUAGUGCAAGAUAAUGAUGCAUAG